GUAGCCGACACCAUUUUUGCUGCAUUUUUUGGUGUAGUGGCCACUCCGUUUCCUCCCACCACUACUGACGUUUUCCCUCUUCUCCCUUGAAACAACUCGCAGCAAAGAGGUCGUAGGCUUCCCACCAUGGCUGACGACGGACUUUCCAAACUCAACCUGGAAGCGUAUUUGGGGGAUUCCGGGAGUGCGCAGGAGUUGCUCUCGUCGCUCGGGAUUAGCGCCAUUCCCCCGGCUACGAACCUGGGAAUGGAUCACAAUUCGGGAUUGGCAUUUGACCCGACAAAUGCAUCUGAAGCAGCUUUGUUUAUUGCUCAGCAGGUUGCAGCAAUCAAUCAGCCUCCUCCUCGUAAAAUGUCUUCUACAGAGAAGACACGGACGGAGAACCGUGAACGGAAAAAACGUUGGAGAGAGCAGAACGAAGAACGAAACAAAGAUAACGACUUACGGUGUCGGGUCAAUAAACGGGCCCACAAGCUGUUUGGAACGGAUCCUAGUCCUGAAAAGAGUGCUUGGAUUGAAGCAGAGUUCUACAAACGACAAGCAAAACGUCGUGAGAAAGAACGACAAUGUGCGAACCAGAACAACAACAACAACAAUGUUCUGGGUCGGAACAUGCAAAACAAUCUGCUAGGAGAUUUGGGUUUGCUUUCUACUAACCAGGCUGCGGCUGCUCUGCGCGGAAAUGCGAUUAACAACGCACUGAACGUCCUUGCCAAGGAUCCCGACUUGAUCAACAACUUGCUGGGGCAAAUUGACUUGGACCCUACGAAAACAGACUUGCUGGGUUUGGGAGCAAUGCCUCCCCCGCUUCCUCCCCAGCCUGAGCAUGAACUAGCAGCGUUGCAAGAGCACAACGAGGCUCACGACGCUGCAAUGCGCCAGUAUGAGUUGCAGCGCCAACAACAGGAUGGUGUCUUACUCCCAGGCCUCGCAGGACUUGAUAGUCUGCAGGCACUGCAGCAGCUUGAUUUCACAGAUCCUACAGUCGCACUGCAAGCACAUGCUCAAGCGAGCUUUCAGGACCUGUUGAGUCAACCAGACUCCACGGCUUCGCUGUUUUCGGCGCUUUCUAGUGGAACUGGUGAUUCGCCGGGUGUACCUGACGCAUUGGUUGAUCCAUUGGGUGCAGGUCGCGAGUUUUCGUUACCACCCGUGCUUCCGCUCGACUUGCUGGCCCCAGCGACAUCGGUAGAUGUGUCUCAAGUCUCAUCGCCAGCUUCCGACUCCCAUCUCGACUUGUCACUGCCGCCUUCGGCCACCAUUGACAGUACACUUCCCGUCAGACCAAGAAAUUACAAACGUGAUUCCUACCGUAUGCUUCCUUACUACAACAAACGGAAUACCGACAGCGCUCUCUCGUCGCCUUACGAUGCUUUGUCGCCCAAGUCGCCAAAUCUGGACGUGACCCUUCAAGGACUGAGUCGCCCGCAAACUCCUAGCGCUCAGUCGGUGAACGGAGUUACGGGCAGUUCGCUUGUUGACGUGAGUCUAACUGCAUCUCUCACCAAUUUUACAACUUCUAUGCCCCCUAAUGCCCAUUCAUCCCAAUCCUUCUCCAACCGACCCGACAUUCAGAAAAAAGCACAUGCCCUUGGCUUUCCACCAAUGCCGGGGAACAAAAUUGAGUUUCAGCGGACAAGUUCUGUUUCGAGUUCCGCCGCCGACGGCAAAUGAGACUUGUUUAACGAGUACAAUUCUGUCCAUGCUCAAUGAACUACACUACUGUUAUGUCUGCGUUUCACUCAUCACUGAACAGGUGCACGUGCAUUCAAACAUAUUAUCGCAUCGAGGUCUUCUUUCUGAGUCUUUCAUUGCGUGUUGUGUGUGUGUGUGUGUGUGAAAAGUGUCUGCCUUAAAGCGAGUGAAUUUCUGCGGGCUUCAUGAAACACAAGUUCUCACAUUUGAAUCUCAGAAUGUGGGUUCUAAUGAACGUUCCGUUCCGCUCUUUGGAACAAUUUUUUUAAACAAUGGGUUAAAGGGGUUUUGCUUUUUUUGGUAUCGGAUUGAUGAAGAGGAAACGAAGCACAUAAUUCUCUUUCUACUUAAAAUGCUUACUUGCACAAGGAGUCAUCGUGUAGAUUGUCUAAAUCAAAGCUCUGACUCUUUCUGAAGUGGAUAUAUUUGGAUACGGUCACUGGGAUUGGCAUUUAACUCUUGGAAGGGUUCUAAUGCGACUCAUUUUGCGAAUACCGUACCGUCUAGCAUAAACACAUCAAGUCUCAUAGGGAACUGAGGGUGUGUUGUUGAAGUAAUUAAACGUCUGGCAUGUUUCAAUUCAGCCUGGUUAUGCUCGAGGUCAGUCUGAACUUUUCUUCAAUACUCUUUGGUUUUUUACAUGUGCGAUACUAUUUUUUUUCUUUUUUUUUUGUCUUUUCUUUUUGAUUUUUUUCUUGUUAUUCAUACCGUUUGAAAGUUAGUGUUCCUGUCUUGUCAAACUUCUUAUACCUUACGAACUGACUGGAUUUUGAAACAUGUCGACUUUUGACUUCAAUUCAGCGACGCGUGUCUUGUUGCGAAAUGGGUUGCUGGACAUUGACAAAUGACGUUUGGCUAGUUCAAUGAUCGGGUCAUGUUGCUCUCGCUCUUCCAACUACUGAAAGGAAGAGUUGUUUGUGUUUGUGCAAGUGAGCUACUCUGUUUUAAGAAGAUGCUGAUGUGAAUGGUUGCAUUUAUCUGGAAAACGGCGUUACACGUCUGGUAUAUCCUUUCUAGUAUUUUCGUUUUAUUUUCAUUUUUCCUUUUUUUUUAUUAACUUGUCGACAACAGCAGUUGUUGGAAUUUUUAUUUAAUAAUUUUACCUUCAGUUCUCUUAAUAUUAAACACGAAGAAAUAUUUCGAUUAUUGUUACAUGUUGUUUGCGAGCUUCUCUCCCUCUCUCUCUUUU